GAGUGACAAGGCUUGUUGUGUAUGGGGGGUUGGGACGUUUUGCUGGUGACUUGCUCAUUGUGUUCAUUGCUCAUCGCAGACUCGGCUAGUGUAUACCUGAUUAUGGAAACGAAGUCCCCGACCGCAGCGCACAAACAUCUGUGGACGCGGCAGUGCUGUACGUCGCGGGCUUGGCUUAGUAACCUCCACCGUGACCUCCUCCGUGACCUGUGUCACGCACUAUAGCAGCA